UGCCUCGAUCGAUGUCCAGUUUGAAGAGUUCUGCGUCGCGGCCGGAGACGGUGAACCUGAUGACGCAACACGUGUCCAGGAGACAGACAGGGACGCAGUUUGGAGGCUGCUGAGCAUCACCAGGACCAACAGCUUCUUCGACAACUGCAUUCGGCUUCUCGUCAAUAAGCGCAGACUCCAAUACGACAUGUACAGUACUACUAUUAUCCGCAGGACGUGCCGUGGAAGUUCGUGCGGCCGUACGAUGCGUUUGGAGUCCACGUCUACGCCUUGAACAGGAUCAUGGUGCCCUUCGCUGCCCAGGACGACUCCCGCACCUUUGACGCUAUCCCCGCCUACCUGAGCUACGCCGGCAUUGGCCACAUGAUCAGCCACUUGGUUAUGCACGGAUACGACACUUCAGGCUGGCGGGAUCUUGGAUGUGCUGGACGACCAAACCUACUACACGGGCCAGCAGAAUGGCCUUCGGGAGCAGUACAUGGCGAACACCAGCUUCGACAUCGCGGGUUCGGGUGGCGUCAAGGCAACCGUUAAGAUGGGCGCCCUGGCCCUGGACGAGCUGCUGGCGGACUCGGGGGCAGCCAGAUUAGCAUGGGAGGCCUACACCAUGAGGAACGAGCCAGACCUACCGAUGGCGACACCCAGCACGGCGACUCAUGUGUCCUGGUCGUUCCGCCGCCGCCGCCGCAGCCUACAGGACCUGCCCCGCCGCACCAAACGUGUGGCGCCCGGCCCUCAGAGUCUGCCCUCCAUCGAGUCUGAGGAGGAGACGCUCUACUUCCUUCACUGGUCACAGCGCUACUGUUCCGCCAGCGGGGUGAUGGGCCUGCUGGAGCUGAUGGAGAGUGAACUGCCGCCGGCCAGGAUGAGGGUCAACUUGGUGCUGCAGAAUGAGCCACUCUUCAGCCAGGCCUUCAACUGUGCUCCUAAGAGGGAGCAGACGCCCUUCGUCCUCGGCUGAGUGGCUUUCCUACACCGCAACCACGGCACAGGAGGGUGUGGCCGCCCUCAUCGCAGGCGCAGUGUUGUCACAAGAAGAGCCGUGGGAAAUUGUAACUUGUGCUGGUAUGAUAGUUUUUUUGUGCUCUGGGUGUGGUCAAGGUCAUGAAGAAGUGCCUCGACCUCACACACAUACACACACGAAAACAAAACUAUUGUACCUGCGCCAAUUUGAGUUUCGAUGUGAUAGUUCUUAUUUUUUUU